AUGGAUUCUAUUGGAGUUACUGGCCUUGGUAUUGUAACCAAGCUCAAAACCAUUGUUGAACAAUGUUGCUCUGGUCUCAAAGAUAAUGAAGAUACACAAGACCCUAAAACUCUUGUGAUGACUGUCAAACAUACAGACUAUCAUCCAACCGUCAACCGGGUUUCUACUACUUGUGGACAUCUUCAUGCGAGGGAAUUUGAAGGAAAAGUUUCAAAAACCGAAGAGGUCAAUGGCGGUGCAGGGCGCCCAAAACCAAAAAAGUUCAAUCCAAAAGCGGUGAAUGCGCCCUUCAAAUCCCCAGUUCUACCACAGCCAUCGACUGCAUGCUUAGGAUCUGGGCCCGCCAACCAUCCCAUUGCUCCAAUGUUGAAUUCUGGCAGUGAAUCUGAUAGUCCUCUUGACAAAGAGUCUAGCACCAAGAAGAGACCUGCUACCACAGUACCUAAAAAGCAAGCUCAAGCCCGCCCUGCUUGCUGA